AAUCCUCCACAACGGGUUUGGCGGGAAAUCUCCGCGCACAAAUCAAGAGGCAUAUCGUCUGAGCCAAGGAGCGUAUUGAGUCGCUGAGGUGAAUCAGCCGCGCUUGCUCUGUCAGCCACACCACCAGAUCCUCGCCACCCAACAGGCUCGUUGUUUGGUGUGGCAGAGUGACAGUGUCUCGAACACGUCAUGGAGUUUGAAGCUGACCCACUGCUCCUGGAAUCCACCCCAGACAAAAAGCGGCCAAAGAAAGUUGCCGCGAUUCCACAACAAGCACAACAAACACAGCAACACCAAACACAACAUCAAGCACAGCAACAAGGCGCGUGGCCCCUUGACCGCCAGUUUCCGCAAUCUCCCGUGCACCACCAUGCCGUGAAGCAUUCAACCGCAUCAGCCACACACGCCGCAACACCGCCGCAACACCAAGUGCACGACAGCUCCCACUCCCACCAUGAUGGGUCGUUGCAGGCGUCCGAAUCCGCCCCAGCCAGCCCCACCCAACCCGCAGACUCACCCGCGGAUGACCACGAUGACAUCUUGGAGAAGCCGCAGUUUCAGCGGCUGUCGCAGCUCAUCGAUCAAGCCAUCAAAACGUUCGAAGGGGAGCAAAAGCCAGCCUUGGCCACAACCACCAAGCUCAUGAAACACCUGACCACGGAGUUUGAGGACCCAGACAAGUUGGACAAGCUGCAUACCAUCGACAGCGAACUCCUUGUCAAGCUACUUGUGUUUGCUCAGCAGCUCAUGCGACCUGGCCUCAAAAUUGCACUGAACAAGGCCAACGAUGGCCUGGAUGAGGUGCUGGCUGCGGCAAACGCGGCCAAAUUUGCCAUGUCCGUUAUGGUUGUGCCCAGAAUGCCAAAGCAGGUGCUGCUGGAGGACCUCAUUGAAAACUGCGCCCAGUUUAUCAAGCAUCACCUGUCCAAGCACAUCUACCCGUUCUGCAACACAGACGACACGACCAAAGGAGAUGGUCGGCGACGUCGUGCCAGCGUCAUGCAAGGCCUGGGGAAAAGGCGGAAGCUGUACCAACACCUCACCCCACUCGUGCAUGUCUGCACCAAACUCGUUGGCUGCCAGCCUCUGAACGACCAAAUCAUCAUUGAUCUCUCACGCUUCUCCGUUGAAGCCGUGUUCAUCGACGGGCUCUCUGACCUCAAACUAGAAGCUGUAGCGCUCUGCUCCAUGGUAUUCCAACGAAAGCCGCGCCAUCGCGAAACCAUCUUGCAGGAAAUCUUCUCAAAUUUGUCCAAGCUCACGGUCGCCAAGCGGCGCCUGCGCACCUUUGAGGUUCGCGACGGCGUCAACAUCCAAGUCUUUACGCUGCUCAUCAUGCAGUUGCUGCAGGCCGUUUGCAACGCAAAUCUGGAAGAUGUUCAGCGCGACGAUUCUGCUGCCAUGUUUGAGGCCGUGCUCUCAACAACAAAGGAGGUCAGCGGCCUCAUCAAGGACGUUGUUGUCCAUUUCUCCUCAAAGAUCGAGCAGGGCAAGUCGGACAUUCCAUAUGCGACCAUGUUCACUAACUUCGUGCAGGAUGUGUGCGCAUGUGCCUUUCAGCCCAAGUGGCCGGUUGCAUGUGACAUCAUGAUGGCCGUUGUAUCCCGCAUGAACGGGAUUCUCCGGAGCUCGCAAGCGUCCAGUUCUCUCCGCCAACUCGCAUUUGACUGUCUCAUGACAGUUCUCAGCACAUACGCUCAAGGCGUGCGGGCAACAAAAGUCAUCUCGGAGGACACGCUACAGGCAACUCAGGACGCCAUCGACCACUGGCGCGCCUUUGAGAACUACGAGAUGAUUUUGACCGAGAACGCGCUUCUCACGGCAUACGUGGAAGCCAAGCUUCCUGUGGAAAUGACCUACUUUAUUGUCCGCAUCAUGGGCCGUGAGCUCAUUGCCAGCAAGGCAGCCACGAGUUCUGCUCAAGCCAGCGCCGACCAAGAGAUGCUCGAAUCCCAAGAGCCAGACGAAGGGCUGAUUCGCCAGCGCCAACAUCAUCAGAGAUGCGACUUCUUGUGGAAGUUCUUGGCGUCACCCACAAAUACUCCUGUUGACUGCCACGCAACUUGUGGCGCAGACAUUCUCCUCGCACAGCUGCAGACGGCGUGGUACCAGCAGCGAUGGGCCACGUCUCUCAACAUCAUCGUGUCCAAGCGUCAAGACCCCAUGCCUACCGUCCGCACGAAAGCCAUCAAAUCCUUGGCCACGCUCCUCGUUGACGACACCCCAAAGAUUGUCCAGCUGGCAAGCGAGGCCAUCAAGAGCCACUCCAUGGACGUCAGCUCAUCUGUGCGCGAGGCGGUUGUGGAGCUGCUCACGUCCCUGCUAGUCGUGCAUCCGCAGAGCCUGGACGACUUUUUCGGCACCAUUGAGACCAGCUUGCAGGAUAAGUCUGUUGCUGUGCGAAAGCGCACCAUCCGCUUGGUGACGGACAUGAUUGGCAAGGAGAAACGCAAGCGCGAGCAUGCCGUUGUACAAGGCGACCUGUGCCAGCUGCUCUUCAGUCUGAGUCGCCGCAUGCAGGAUGAUGAAACCCUCGUCAAGGACCUGGCGUGCAAGCCUUUCUUGGAGCUGUGGUUUCAGCCAGAUACGGACGUGGCUGAUGUUGUUGAGUCCAUGCGCAAAGUGUUUGUCCUCUUGUCUGACAAGGUCAACGGCAGCGAAUACAUGCAGGCUCUCUUCCAACUCGCCUUCAAGCAGGACAAGAAGAUCACUGCUCAGAACGGCAUGGCCCAGGACAUUGCGGCCGACCUUGCAGACAACCUGAACAAAACGGAGCACACGAGCACGCUCGUGCAGCUUGCCAACACGCUGUGUCAGGCCUGCCCGAGCCUGUUUGUUCAGCACGUGCAGCCGAUUGUGCUGUAUCUCAGUGGCCUCAUUGAGGCAAAGAAACAGAUGGACGUACUCCCUGUUGUUGCUGCCCUCAACCUGCUGUGCAGUUGCGUGCCCCUGUGCCCCCGUCUGUCAGAUGCCCUCCUCGUCAAGCUUGAGAGAACUUUGGGUCGCAUGAUGUUCUCUGGCCCAGGCAGAGCUUUGCAGCCCUCUGCUGCCUGCUUGCGUGCCAGCACGACACAUUCCAACAACAUCCAACUUCCACGGGACUUGGUUCAAACUGCAUACGAGCGCCUGCGCUUGAUUGCUGGUGAGAGCGCGACUCGCGGAUCAUCGCGCCGGGAUGCACCACGCUGCCUCAUCAUCUGCGGCGUGCUCUGCAGAUACUUUGACCUCGACGAAGACGACCUUGACGAUCGCAGCCCGGACCGCGAACUCUUGGACGACCGCAUUGCAGACGUUGUGUACAAGAUGCUGCUGCAAUUUGCCGCUCUGCACGAUGUUGGCGUGGUUGAAGCAGCCAUCACCGCAUUUGGCCACUUUUUUGUCCAACACGCAUCCUUAAUUCUUCGCAAGGAGAGCGUUGAGUUGCUGCGUACACAUCUAACCAGCGACGCCGAGCGAAUUCGCAUCCGCACCCUGGAGGCUCUGCAUUUAUUCUUGACGGAAGAAGAGCGGCAGCUGGAACACCAGUCGAAACAUGCGCACAAAGGAGAGUUGGCGCAGUUUGGUGGAGGUGAAUCUGGGGUGAGCGCCACGCUCAUUGCCGCACUCGAGCUGCUCGUUCAUGAGAAUGCAACACACGAAUCUCCACAAGUUCGCCGUGCCACGCUGCAACUGCUCGUCGUCGUACAACGCCGCGGGCUCGUCAAUCCCAUGAACUUUGUGGACGUGCUUGUUGCAGCGACAUCGGAUGGCCUGGCUGCGGGCGUGGUCUCACAAACGUCCGUUCAGGCGAAAAAGCUGCUGGAGGAGCUGGCAACGCGCCGAUAUGAGUUCUUGACAUCACGUGGGCGCGAUGCCAUCACCGGCGUGUACACGGCGCAGCGCAAGCUGCAGCGGCACACGGCAAGCACAGUUCGUGGAUAUGUCGGGCACCAGAGCACAAAGCACGCGCUCCUCAAGGGCUUGUUCAACCUGUACAAGCGAAGGCAAGAUCGGCGGCAGUUUGUGAGCGGGCUGGUAGAUGCCAGCUUUCAAAAGAACGCGGUGAAAGCCGAUUGGCAGCUGUCCCUGUUUGCUGUGGACAACUUGGCCACGCUUGAGUACCAGCACAUGGAUGAAGUAGCAACUGUUGUAUCGAAGAUUGACUCCCUCACAUCGACACGUGCAACCAAGCUUGUCAUGGAUGUUGCAUCGAGCCUUGGUCUCGAGGUGCACGAUGAUUUUGAUGCCAUGUCCGUCGAUGAACUCGCAGGUCGGGUGCACGGGGGGAACGAACUCGCGUUUCGGAGCUUGAUGGAGUCGCAGCAAAUCUUGGAGCUGAUGCUGUUGGUGAAGAUGUUUCUCAUGAGGAAAUACAACGUCCACGAGAGCGAUCUGAAGACGCGCACGGAGACACGUGCGCGAGCGCUGCGCCCGAUCGGCCUCAUGUGGAACCCAGAAUGCUGCGGCGUCACACAAAACUACGCCCAGCUGGAGAUUCGCGACUUGAUGGCCCAAUAUCUCUUGUUCCGCAAGCUGGAGGAAGAAGGCGAGCAGCAUCCGGAUUUUGCCCCCGUUGACGAUUCCAUAUCCCCAAUGAGAAGAACCGCUUCUGGCCGUGCACGCGCCUUUUCUCGCCAGGGAAGCCGUGCCUCGCGCCUCAACAGCCGCCGCAGCUUGGCAUCUGCAGAGGAGGAUGAGAGUGACGACGACGAUGAUGAUGAAGGUCAUCAACUGCAAAGCAAGCGCGCCAAGAUGGCAGCAGCAUCCAGCACACCAAAAAGUCGAAGUACUUCGUCUUCGAGUGCGAGUGCAACGCAUAAGGGGCGCGCGGGAAGAAAGGCGUCGACCUCCAAGCCCAAACGCCGCCGCAGUCGCCGUGCGCUCACGGGCGCUGGGCUCGGUGAUGACGACAACCUGCAGGAUGAUCCGGACGACAACGAAGAUGACGACGACUGGGUCCCAGGCGCAUGAAAAGCAGACCUGUGUGUGUGUGUGUGUGUGUGUGUGUG